AUGGCCGAUUCGCCAUCGUCUUCAGAUCCUCCCGAGAAGGAUUUAGAAACGGGUGAACAGCGCUUGGGUCGCCCAGAGCGGCGGACAACCAUCAAAUUCGAUGAAAGACAAGAGAAGGAGAAGCAUCCGGAUCAGGACUACUUUGAGAGUUUAGACUUUCAUAUUCUCAGCACGGACAGAUUGUCUCAGCAACUCAAUGUCGAUUGCAGAUAUGGCCUCAGUUCAUCGGCAGCUGCUCAACGGCUCCAACGCGAUGGCAAGAACGUAAUAGCACACCACCGAGAGAACUAUCUCAAGAAGGUUCUCGGUUAUGUCUUCGGGGGUUUCUGUUCAGUGCUGUGGAUUGGUGUUAUUAUCUUCUUCAUCUGCUGGAAACCUUUGAGCAACCCCCCUUCUGUUCCUAGCCUUGCAAUGGCGAUCUUGGUCAUUAUCGUUAUCGUUCUGCAAGCAAGCUUCUCCGCAUUUCAGGACUGGUCUACAAAGCAUGUGAUGAACUCGAUACUCAACCUGCUCCCCUCCGAAGCACUUGUCCUACGCGACGGGAAACAGACAAGAGUUCCUUCGACGGAUCUUGUCGUUGGUGAUAUAGUGUACAUUGGUAUCGGAAAUAAGGUCCCAGCUGAUAUGCGCCUCUUCCAAAGCUCGGGAGACGUUCGCUUCGAUCGUGCAGUGCUCACUGGUGAAUCUGACGAGAUCGACGGAGCAAUCGACGCUACUGACAACAAUUUUCUUGAAACAAGAAACAUUGCUUUCAUGGGUACCAGUGUGACAAAUGGAAAUGCGGUUGGCAUGGUGGUGCUUACUGGUAGUCGUUCUGUGAUGGGCCGUAUAGCCAAGAUGACCGCUGGUGUUAAGGAGAAACCCACUUUGAUCCAAAAAGAGAUUACACGGUUCGUUACGAUUAUUAUUGGCCUUACCAUCACGUUGGUCUUGAUCAUCCUAUUCACCUGGGUCGGCUGGCUGCGUGUUGACCAUUAUUCCUUCAUGAAUGUCGUGGCAAUGCUGAACAAUGUGAUGGGCUGUGUUGUUGCUUUCAUACCCGAAGGCAUGCCAGUCGGCGUUGCUCUCACUCUCAUGAUGGUUGCAAAGCGUAUGAAAAAGGCCAACAUUCUACCCAAGGGCCUUGCCACGGUCGAGACAUUGGGUUGCGUGAACGUUAUCUGCUCAGACAAGACCGGCACUUUAACUCAGAAUAAAAUGUCAGUCAGGUCGCUAGGGCUACUCGAUAUGUCGCUUGACGUAAAACAACUACCUAAUAUACAGCGCAAUGAUAUGUCAGAGUCCUUGAAGAGUUUACUGCGCGGAUCGCUGUUAUGCAACGAUGCUUUCUUUGAUCCGGCAACAGUUGCUCUUCCAGUCAAUGAGCGAGGUGUCACGGGCAAUGCAACUGAUGCCGCUGUCCUACGAUUCGCUGAGUCUAUCAUGCCUGACGGUCGUAAUCAGCUAUCGACAUUCGAAAGAAUUCAUCAAGUUCCCUUCAACUCGAAGAACAAAUGGAUGCUAACGAUUCACCGGGAUCCCACUGAUACAGAUGGGUAUCUUGUCUUCGUCAAAGGUGCACCGGACGUGUUGCUUCCGAAAUGCACUUCAUAUCUAUCAGGCAUCGAUAGCACAGUCAAGAUACUCGAUGAGACUGCAAAAGGGCUGUUCUCGAAUUUCCAGGCUGAAUUAUCGAGGCGAGCGGAACGUGUAAUUGUGAUCUGUCAGCGACGCUUCACUCCUCGUGCUUCUAUUGGGUCUAACGACUUCAACGACGAGGUAUUAGCUGAAUGUGUCCAAGGUUUAACAGUUACUGGAAUCUUCGGAAUAAUAGACCCCCCACGACUGGAGACUGCCGAGACGGUCUCAGCUUGUCGAAGGGCAGGAGUUCGUUUUUUCAUGGUUACGGGUGACUUCGGUCUAACUGCGGCAGCGAUCGCAAGAGACAUAGGUAUCUUCAGUGGUACUGCUGAGCCAGAUACCGUAGAUGACCUGAAACCCUUCACGGACGGCGAAAUUGGCGAGAAGCAGUCGCUACAUUCUCGCCAUAGUCUCCUCGUUGAUGGCAAGCACAUUUCAACCCUAAACGAUUGGCAAUGGGAUACUAUAUGCAAGUACGAGGAAAUCGUGUUCGCUCGAACAACACCUGAACAGAAAUACCGCAUUGUAGAAGAGCUCAAGAGCCGAGACAACGUCGUUGCAGUAACCGGAGACGGAGUCAACGAUGCCCCAGCACUACGAGCAGCUGACAUUGGAAUCGCAGUGGUCUCCGGCAGUGAUGUUGCAAUUGAAGCAGCGGACUUGGUUCUCCUCGACCGGUUCGAUUCAAUUGCCCAAGCCAUCCGACUAGGCCGACUAGUGUUCCAAAACCUCCAAAAGCUGAUCGCAUAUCUCCUACCCGCCGGUAGUUGGUCGGAAAUCUGGCCAGUCCUGAUGAAUGUAUUCUUCGGCGUCCCAUUACCUUUGAGCUCCUUCCUCAUGAUUAUCAUCUGCGUAUUCACAGACUUAUUCUGCUCCCUUUCUCUCAUCAUGGAGAAGGAAGAAUACGAUCUCCUCAGUGUGCCGCCUCGAAAUCACAAAAAGGACCACCUAAUCAACCUCAAGAUAUACGGCCAAUCAUACCUCUUCGUCGGCGUCAUGGAGGCCUUCUGCGCCCACUCAAUGUUCUUCCUGUACAUGUACAAAAAAGCCGGAAUCCCAUUCCAUGCCCUCAUCUUUGCGUUCGAGAGAUACUCCGACGGUUUCUACGGCUAUACACAAGACGAACUAACCAACUUCAACAACGUCGGUCAGGGCGUCUACUUCGUCAGUCUCGUCAUGCUCCAGUGGGGCAACAUCCUCUCUGUCAGGAAUAAACGCAUGUCCAUCCUCCAAGCAGACCCCGUCCGCAAACAGCGUCGUAACCCCUGGCUUCCCUUGUCGAUGGCCAUAUCCCUCGUCAUCGCAAUUUUCGUCACCGAAGUUCCGGGCUUCCAUAGAUUAUUCAACACCGCGCCGGUCCCCAUCGAGUUCUGGUUUAUUCCUCUAGCGCUGGCGCUGGGGAUUCUGCUUAUGGACGAGCUUCGAAAGCUGCUAGUGCGACAAUUCCCGAAGAGCAUCAUUGCGAAGAUCGCUUGGUGA